CGGCAUCAGUGAGCACAAAUUGUCAUGGCGCUGGGGUCCUCAAGAAUACAAUUAAUAAGGAUGGCUUUUAUUGUUUUGUUUAUUCCGGAAUUAACCGUAGUUUUAAGAGUGUUUCUGAUAAAUGCGAAUAUGCAGUGAUAAAAAAAUGAAUUGGUCAUGUAGUGCUAGUGGCUCUUAUAGCAUUGUUGUUAUAACCUUGAUAGAGGCUUUAUUAGUGUUCAUUUGGUGUUUUAGUUAUUGAAAAUGGAUGAAAUACCAGCAGGUCUGGAUCCUGAUGAACUUACAAUGGAUCUUGAUGAUCCAGAGGGUUCUGAUUUAGAGGACGAUGAUGAGGAUAUAAUUGAUGAUCCAAGUCAAUCACCAUUCCAACUUCCUUCUUCUGGUCCUGGAUCCACCACAACCUCAGUUACUUCAUCACCACCCAACAAUGAAGAUUUACCACCUUCCUUUAAUUUAUCUGGAAAACCACUUGUUGGCAUCAAGAGAGGCAGAGGUAGACCUCGUAGAGAGGGUGGGAAGCCAACUCAGAAGAGACCUCCAGGCGCACCUAGAGCACGUAAAGUUCGUCUUGGAAUGCCUAGAGGUGGUGGUAGGGGGGCUAAGCAUUUUCGACAGUUUGACAGGUUUGAUUUUGAUAUGUCUUCAUGUAUAACACCAUCACCUGGUGAUGAGAUCCCCAUGUUGGACCCUGAAACUGGUGCAUUAAUUUUUACUGAUAGGGAAAAACCUCUACCAACCCUGGAGUAUUUGCCCUAUGCACCAGAACAGUGGCCAGGAAAAGUAUGUGCCUUUUGCAACUUGGGGGAGAAAAGCCAAUUGGGACAAGGAGAAAUGUUGAGGUUAAAUUGUCCAGAAGGCUUUACUCCCCAAAGGGUGGCAUCAGAUCAAAAUGGAAAUCAAAGCCAUUCCCAUCAGUUACCUGAAAAAGAUUCUGGCGAUAAGAGUCCAAGGGGACCGGUCACUUGUCGAAGGCAAAAGAGCUUUAAUAAAUGUAGACAUCCAUCACUUACAAGCGAGUAUGUUGAUGAAUUAACUAUAAUCGGGUACAAUGAGGAACCUGAAGUUAAUUUACUCUUUGAAUCCAAUGGGCACUUUUAUGUCCAUAGAAGUUGUGCUUUAUGGUCCAAGGGUGUUAAAAAGAAUGAAAAUGCAACAUUAGACAAUGUUGGAUCAGUAGUUUUAGAAAGCUCAUCCAGAAAGUGUUCAUUCUGCAAUCAUUUCGGAGCAAGUGUUGCAUGUAAAAUGCAAGGUUGCAACAAAUUUUACCAUUAUCCAUGCGCCACGGCGUCCGGUGCCUUUCAAGAACUGCCAACAUUAACAGUAUUCUGCAAUAACCAUGUUGGUCAGGCUGCUUUAGUCUGUGAAUGUAAGUGCCCAAAUAAUUAUUUUUAUAUAAAGAGAAAAAUGUACUUUAAAAGUUAUAAAAAAUAUUCUUUUUCUUUCAGCUUCAGUGUGUUAUACUUGUAAAGUGCUAGGCGACAUCGCAAACUUGAUGUACUGUUCAAGUUGUGGUGAACAUUACCAUGGUAUAUGUGUUGGUUUGGCUCAACAUCCAGGAGUUCGAGCGGGCUGGCAAUGCAGAAAAUGUCGAAUAUGUCAGGUAUGUCGAAUUACAGGCGACGAAUCAAAAUUGAUGACUUGCGAACAGUGCGACAAAGUUUACCACGCGGGCUGUCAACGUCCCAUUGUCACCUCCAUACCCAAGUAUGGGUGGAAAUGUCGAUGCUGCAGAGUUUGUGGAGAUUGUGGUUCCCGUACACCUGGUGCUGGUUUGUCGUCCCGUUGGCACGCACAUUACACAGUUUGCGAUUCCUGUUAUCAGCAAAGAAAUAAAGGGUUUUCCUGCCCUUUAUGUCGCCGUGCCUAUAGGGCUCAUGCCCAUCGGGAAAUGGUUCAGUGUACAAUGUGCAGAAAAUUUGUUCACGGGACUUGCGAUCCGGAUGCCGAUUUGUCUACGUACCAUCAAAGGAAGGAAGCACAUCCAGAAUACGAAUACGCCUGCACUAUUUGCAAAAAUUUGUCGCAACCAGGAAGAACCGUGGCAAAAAGGCAAAGUACCGAAGAUCCUAAUGAGUUGUCGGCUUCGCAAGAGUCCCUUUACGAUGACAUAUCGGAAUUCGACAGCGCAUACGACGAGAUACGUAGCAUGGGUCUGGGCAAGGGCAAACCGUACAACGCCAGCAAAAUAGCCAAGAAACGUCUUGGCUACGCGACAGGCAUGCCUGGCAGGCCGAAAGGCGUAGGCAAAGGUCCGCCUGGAUUCAUGAAGAAAGCGCGACUCGCCGAGUUCGGCCGUAAACGCGGCCCGAAAGCGAAAAUGCGGGGUGUGUUCGGCGUGCCGGGCGUCGGUCUCCAAAGACCCGUUUCCGAUGGUAAGAACGACGAAGAACCUGGCGUAGAGAACCGGUUGGUUCUUUGUUCUGCAAAAGACAAAUUCGUAUUGACGCAAGAUAUUUGCGUUAUGUGUGGGGCUUUGGGAACAGAUCAAGAGGGCUGUCUUAUUGCUUGUGUCCAAUGCGGGCAAUGCUACCACCCGUACUGCGUCAAUGUUAAAGUUACUAAAGUAAUACUGCAAAAGGGUUGGCGAUGUUUGGAUUGUACAGUAUGCGAAGGCUGCGGCCAGCGCAACGAUGAAGGUCGCUUGAUCCUUUGCGACGAUUGUGAUGUAUCGUAUCACAUCUACUGUAUGGAUCCACCUUUAGAUUACGUGCCUCAUGGCAAUUGGAAGUGCAAAUGGUGCGCCGUGUGUCAAUCGUGCGGUGCAACCGAUCCCGGGUUUAAUUGCACGUGGAUGAACAGCUGCACUGAGUGCGGACCUUGCGCAUCGCACGUCAACUGCCCCAGCUGCAAUGAACCGUACUCCGAGGGCGAAUUAAUAAUACAGUGUGUUCAAUGCGAGAGGUGGUUGCACGGCACAUGCGACUACAUAAAAACCGAAGAGGAAGCAGAAAAAUGCGCGGAGGAAGGUUACAACUGUAACUUGUGCCGUCCUCGCGACAUUCCACCUCCACAUUUGGCGCCCUCUGCGAUCGCCAUUAAACCACCCACUCCCACAAAGAGCCCCACGGAAUUGAGGUCGAAUAACAAUCAUUACAUCGAUGGCGUUUGUUUAAGUGAAUUUGGCCACCACCAUAUCAAGGCGCUGUCCAUGGAGUAUCAUGGUGGCAGACGGAAGGGGCCCAAGAAAAAGUUGCCUACUGUGCAAGACAAGGAGGCUGGAAUUAUGGCAACCAUUGAGUCAGUUGUUGCUGGUGGCAAUGCAGACAAUUCUCUGGAAGACGCAAAACUUGAACUGGUAGAUGUGAAAGACGAACCACAGGAACUGUAUAAAGAGGGCAUGCUGUGGACAAAGGAGGAUGGACCUCCACCAGAGGGUUUUACUGUUUUCACGAUGGAGAGUGGCAUGAGUGUGUUGCGAAGAAAACGGCAACGAAAUCUUCAAAAACUUGGUAUUGGAGGUUUCCUGGUAAGAAUGAGGGGGACCAGAGGUGGUCAAGACAAUGAUGAUAUUGAUAUGUUGCCCGGUCAAACUACUCCCACGGGAGAUUUGCCGGGUCCCCUUGCACCCGGUGACGACAAACCUAAACGAAAACCAAUAAGGAGGAAAAUUAAAAGCAAGUUGGCUGAAACGUUUCCUGCAUACCUUCAGGAAGCUUUUUUUGGGAAAGACCUCAUGGAGGUACCAGAUUACAAAAAAGAAGUGGAAAGCGAUGAAAGUGAUGAAGAAAGAUUGGAUCACUUCAAGAGUAUACAGCUGUCUCAGGAUGAACUUAAAGCAGUAGCAGCUGUAACACCGAAAACAGACAAAUUGGAAAUAAACGAUUCCAAAGAUUUCUUGGGCAAAAUACACAACAAACUUUCUGUUCCAAAAGAGGAAGAUGAUGCGGAUGAUCUUAAAGACAUGCUGGCCCUACCAAGCGAUCUUUUAGAUGAUAAUGAUCUCGUCAACAGUAUAAUAAAUGAGGAUGAUGAUGAUUUGGCUAAAACCACCGAAUCGCUCGAUGCUUUGGCCGAUUCAAAUUUACCCGAAGACGCCGAUUUAGCAGAUACAUUAGGCAGCACGAGCAACUCGAAAGAUACCAAAGAUGAAUUAAGUGAUAUAUUGGGACCGCAUUUUAAUCUGGAGGCAAUUCCCAAUAUGAAUAGUAAAGAUGUUGAAGACAUCUUCAAGGGCGUUUUGACUGACGAAUCUCAAGAGUCCCAAGAGAGCAACCUAUUUCCAAUACAAUCGAAUCCAGUUUUCCCGCCGACUCCAGCGCCUCAAAAUCCAAUGCCUAAUCCGAUUUCUAUGUUGAACCCUGUCGUUCGGCCGACCACUUUGCCGAACGUAAAUCAAAGUGCGCUGAACUCGCCUCACAGCUUUCCUCCACAAUCGCCGUAUCAUUCUGAAUAUAGCAACAGUCCGCAGUUUAGUCCUGCGUUCUCUGAACCACCACCCAGUCCAUGGGUUGGAAGCGAUAACUCGGAAAUGGACUCUUCAUCCGGACAGUCGACUUACAAUCAGCGUUCUUCGGAAAAGAUGAAGGCGGACGAAAGUUUGUGUGAUAAGGCGACAAUUUCUGCAGUUCUUUACGCGAAUGUUAAACAUCCUGAAUGGAAAUCUGAAUAUCCCAUUUGGACUGAUAGAUACAAGCAGAUACUGAAAAAGUGGAGGACACUGAGUCAGGAUCAGAAAGCUCCAUUCUUGCAACAAGCCAGGGACAAUAGAAGUCAGCAGAGAAUGAAAAAAACACAGCAGGACCAGGAAAAAAUUGUAUCUCAGCAAAAAACUGCUAGAGAAGCAGAACAGGAAAGGCAAUGGAAACAAUUGCAAGCAUUAAGGCAACAACAGGCUCAGCAACAACAAAAUGUCAUACAUGAGCAAAGAGUACAAGCCAUAGCCCGCGUUCAAAGACAUAUAGUCGAUCCUAAUCAAGGUUUGUUCUCAGAACAACCCAGUCCGUUGCAAGGCAACACUCCUCAAGAACUGAGCCCUGUGGCAUCGCCGUCUUCUAGGCAGUUCUUAAACAUGGGUAUUAAAUCGCCAACGUUCGUAUUACCCCCUGGAGGUGUUCGUACCCCUACGCCUCAAUCGCCCCUCGAUUUUCAAGUCCCGCCAACCCCAGAUAUCGACCCCUAUGCCCAGCAACCGGGAACACCUAAACCAGGCUUCCAGCCCAGGAUGGCAGUUGAUCCUUAUGCCCAACAGCCUGGGACGCCUAGGCCGCAAUUUGCUGCUCCUAGACCUCAAGUACAGGGAUACGCAAAUGCAUCCCGUCCAGAACCAGACAUUAAUCGACAGUUACGCGAUUUGUUACAGCGUCAGCAAUUUAAAAAGCUUGACGAGCAAUUGCUACCCGGAAAGACACAACAGCGCAUUUGGCCACCAACUGAAGGACAAGAAGUUAAUGAGGCACCUGUUAGCGUGGCUACAACAGAUCAAACUUUCAGGCAGCCUCUACCACCAAGCAUAGCCAGACCAAGAGGUCCUGUACCUAUUCAAAAUGUAGUGAGGGGAGGAAUGGUUGGUAUGAGGAUGCCACAAUUAGAUCCUAGAAUGCAGGGUGCCGAUAAUAGGAUGCGACUUCUUCUACAACAACAACAACAACGCUUGAUGAAUCCAAAUGCAAUUGGUUUGCAGCAAGCUCCGCAGCAAUUUAUACAAAAUGCAGUUAGGUUCCCUCCUCGACCUGUCUCGGUUGAACAAUUCGAACAGGCCCAGCAGCUUCACGCGGCUCAGGCACCGGACUCGACUAGGACGUUGCAAGCACCGCCUUCACCUCUUGUUAUGGAUAGAGGUCCGGUUGGUCCCAGACCACCGGCAGCGAAUCCAGAACAAGCCAGCACCGAGCAAGAAAUUCCCGAUAACGUAACGGCGGAAAUAGAAAAACUGGAACAAGAAAACGGUACCAUGACGGAAUUUACCAGUGUGGGAGAUAUUUUGGGUUUGGAUGAUGAUGAUAUGCUAUUGGACGAGAUGGGUGCCGAUUUUAAUAUCUUGGAGUAUGCCGAUCCAGAGUUGGAAACCUUUGCUGGCGAUAAAACCAAUAUCCUUUUGGAUUUGGAGUUGGAUGAGGUGUCGGACAAGAAAGAAAAAGUUAACAACAAGACUACGGGACAGGCAGUACUACCAACACCGCCAGUGUCUUCAGCAAACGGAAAAGCAUCAACAACAGUUCCACCAACGCAAACACAGCCACCUCUUAACAAUAUACCACAACCGCCUCCACAACAGCAACAGGCGCCACCAACUUUGGGGGCUCCCCCUCCACAACAGCAAUUAAUUCAGCAGACCCAACAACCUCCACCAAUUCAGGUCCCAGGUCUUCCACCUGCCUCAUUACAUCACCUGACCCCCCAACAAAUACAACAGCAAAUGAUGCACCAGGUUCAACAAGCCGCCAAUCAAGGUAGACCCAUGCCACCUGGGUCUAGAUUACAAACACCAGAUGGUAUUAUCGGAAUUGUUAAGUCCAAUAAUACUGUACAUUUGCAAGUGCCUCAUAAUUAUCAGCAGAGGCUAUUAAUGCAACAACUUCAAAAUCAAAAACUUCAAAUGAGAAUAACUCAGAAACCAGGACCUCGGAUGGUUGCGGUGAACCAAGCCGGUCAACAGGUGGUACAUCAUUCAAUGGGUUUGCCGGCGGCGCCAGCGCCCAGGAUGCCAGUUAAUGCCCCUCCACCGCCGCCGCCUCCGUACCCUGGCCCACCUCCACCGUAUCCUGGAAACGCCACACCUCAACAACAACCUCAGGAGCAGCCGUUGCUGUUGGAAGAACUUCUCGAGCAGGAAAAGCGUGAGCAGGAAAAGCAGCAACACCAACAAAACCAGACCUCCCACCAGGAGGUGACGUCCUCCACAGGGGUGGUCGAUUCCUCCGAAUCGUUACUAAGCGACCAGGACUUUGAGAGACUGAAAGCUGACGUAUUUAGCGGUAUGGGUCCCGCUGCACAAUCGCAGAAGCAAACGCUGCCUCAGUGGCAGCAACAAACCGCCCCCGUCUCUCAUCAAAUUGCUGCGCCCGCGGCUCCAGUCGAAGCUCCCAACCGGGUUUUUAAUGCGAAUUUGCUACCCGCUCCGCCAUUGCCUCCGGAAAACAUCGUCACCGAACAAGAUAAGCAAACGCAGUUAGUCUAUGAGCACUGGCUUAACCAUCAGAACAACGUGCUCACUCAACAGCUUAAAUAUUACGAAACCGAGGUGCAGAAGCUCAGAAAAAUUAGAAAGUCGCUAAACAGCAAACAAAGACAACUUAAGAAAUCUGGCAACCAAUUGCCCGAAGCAGACGCCGCUGAAUUGCAAAGGGUAUCAUCAGAGCAGGCUAUUUUGCAGAAACAAUUAGAAUCGACCAGAAAACAAAAUCGCCAACAUGGCAUGUUGAUACAGGAAUAUCGCAACAAGCAGCAAGCUAAGCAGAACCCCGGAUCUGGACCCAUGCCUACUGGACAGAGUCCCCUGCAACAGAUCCAAUCGCCACUGGGACCGCCGGCAUCUUCACCAAUUCACCAUCCCAGUGCCUCCCAAUCUCCGAUGAUGAGCCCCUCUGCUUCGCCGAUGACCCAACACAACAGUCCCAUGAAUAGUCCAAGACCACUUGUGUCGCAAUCGCCAGGGUUAGGUUCGGUACAGAGUAUAUUACAGAGCCCUGGCGGAAUCGCAGCCGGGAGCGGUAUGUCUCCGAUGCAACCUUCACCUAGAAUCGGUACCCCACAUUCACAAGGCGAUGGUAGUCCGGCACCGUCUCCUUCCCCCUCGCAGGUUUGUCUACCCCCACCAGGACCACGAAUGACGUCGCCCCACAGGAGAUUGGUCACAAGUCCUGUAGGCUACACGGAUCUAAGACAAGGGAAUCCGAAUCAGGCGAGAUUUCGCAAUCCCAUUGACAUGGCAGCUUUACAACAGCGCAUGCGGAUGCAAAACUUUUCUCAAAAUCCUUUGGUCAAUAUGCAACAAAAACCAGGAACUCCUUCUCCCUUAAACAGCCCGCCUGCCCAGCAAUUAAAUAUGAACCAACAACAGUUGCUGCAAAAUAAGUUGCAACAACAGGCAUUGUUGCAGCAGCAGCAACAGCAACAAGGGAAUCUUGAUGGUAAUGGCAGUAAUGAUCCAAACUUGAUGCAAAGAGCACAAUUAUUGCAUAGACAAAACCUGGUAAGGCAGCAACAGCAGACACAGCAACAAGCGAUAGGCCAACCACAGCCUCUAACACCGCAACAGCAUCAAAAUAUGUUGCAUCAGCAAAAGCUUUUGCAGCAACAGCAAUUGGCUCAGAUACAAGCUAGACUUCAGCAACAACAGCAGGCGCAACAACAGCAGCUAAAUAAUCCACCUCAGUCGCCGUUAUCAAUGCCCCCGAAAAGUCCAAUGAUUAACCAACAAAUAAUGUCACCUCACUCUAUGCCUGCCUCACCUAUGCCUCCACAAAGUCCAAUGUCCGUAAGAAGUCCAGCUUUUUCUCAGAGCGUCGGACAGCCGCCCAGCAGUCCUAUGAGAAGUUCGCCUAUGCCAAGAAGCCCAAUGGUAAACCAAAUCCAAUCACCGAUGAGUAUGCGUAGUCCAGCAAUGCCGGAAAGACCAACUAGCGUGGAGAAUCCUGGAACACCAAGAACCCCUUAUAACCCCCAAAACGUGGAGAACAUGCAGGAAAAUAACGUCUCCAACACCACUACAGAUGGUGGCGGCGGUAACCCGCGCAACCCCGUAAAUCCAAUACCGUUUCCCUUUGGAAGGUUUGGGUCAUUUAAGUUGGGUUUGAGGGGUGGAUCUCCAAUGUGGGGUGGCUUUGGCCGGGGGGCUAAAAGAGUCCCAACGCCACCUGUGACUUCUACCGGCGUGGGUGCUUGCGUAUCUAAACCGAUUGCUGCAACGAAUGCGUUGGUAGAUUCGGCAACUUCCCAGGUGCCGCCUAAACCAAAGAAAGAAUCCCAUUAUAGCAAAGUAUCGAUUCUUAAGAAAAAAUCUGCACCCACAAUAACCAACAGGCAAUCUUUUGUGGCCAAUAAAGUGAGCUCACUUGUUAGUUCAGAUUAUAACGAAUUCGAUGACAGUUCGUCUACUCCACCAGUAACUCCUCCACCUUCAUCUUCGACCAGCAGGAAUGUCGUUCAGAAAACGAUACAUAAAAAAAUUGCCGAAGAAACCAAAGAAAAAGCAAAAGAGAGACUAAUGAUUUUACAAAGUCCUGAACCCAAACAAAUCCACGAAAUAAUAGAUUACGAUGACGAUAACAAUACUGUUCUAUCGGGUGAAGUUUCGUUGAGUUCUGUGGCUCAGCAAAACGAUGGUGACGAUAUCGAAAUAGAAACCCUUUCGCAAAACGAUCUUACAGAAGAUCUGUCCAGUCCCUUGGAAGCGGAUCAGAUCACCGACGAGUAUUUACUGUUUCCUGGCAAUAUGGUCGUGGAAGAAGAAGUCGAUGACUAUGCAAGCGAAAACAUGCACUUUGUGAUACGUAGUCCCACCACAAGCGACGACGAGUAUAUAAUGCAGGGUAAAACCAAAAAAUACAAUAUUGUAUCUUCAGAACAGUUGAUGGCGAUAAAUGAUACGCCCGAAUCGCCGGAACAAGAGGAAAUGAACGUGGAUCCGUCACCGGAACCGACGGAAGAUGAAGAAAACGAAGUCGAAGAAUCGAUCUCUACGAAGGAGGAUUUCGAGGAGCUCAUAGAUGAAGGCUCUCGAAAGGAAAAACUUAAAAACGACGGCAAUGUUACCGCCAAACAUAUUAACGAGUUUCAUAAAUACGCUGCCACCACCGUUUAUAGUUUCCCACCGAAAGCCUCCGGCUCGCAACAAACCACGGCCCGUAUCGCAAACAUAAACAAAAUGCCGCAAAAAAUAUCUCUGAUCACUCCACUUGUUUCCAAAAAUGACGCUGCCAAAGAACUAAUAAUUGCCCCAAACGCUAAAAUAGUCAACCACACUCAACCGACUUCCAAAGUGACGAGUAUUAUUUUAACUCCGCAUCCAGUGCGCAGUAACGUGCUUACGCCGAAAAUUGUGUCGGCUGGUGGUCAACCUAUCACAAUAGUGAGUGCGAACUCCAAGUCCAAAUUUACUGUUCCUAUCAUCAGUGCCAGUGCAGUUAGACAAUUAAGCAACAUUAAAGUGAUCGAUAAAUCCAUUUCGUUGACCACACACGACAGUUCUUUGCCAAAGAAGAUUUUCGAGGACGAUUCAGUUUCACCAGACAGUUCCAAUUGCGAAGAAGACGCAAAAUCUAAAGACUAUUCCGAUGAAAAAUUAAAGGAUUCACCGAUUACCGACGAAACAAAAUCACAGGUGUUUGCGAAAAAUGAGUCAUUUAAAAUUAUUAAAACAGUAAAAUCUGAUAAUAUGGUGGUGUUAAACAAACAACCAGAAAACGUUAAAAUUGAGAAAAAGGAACAAAAUAAACCAAAGGUUUUGGAGAAAAAGGAACUUCAUCCAAUACAUACAAUUGAAAACGUGAAAAUAACUAACAUAAUAACUAAACAGAGGAUUCCAAGUCCAAUAAUUGCAAAAUCGUCUUCCCCAGUCAUCAUUCGUAGCACUCCCGAAUUAAAAAUGACCGCUCAAGUGUUUCAGGAGACUUCGCAAAAUAGAAUUCAAAUAUCAACUGAUACAGAUUGCAAUUCCACCGACGAUACUAAAUCAGUGGUUAUUUCAAUACCGUCUCCAACGCCAUCUCAAGAGCAAAUGUUGGACGAUAUCGCUAUGCGAGCAUACGAAACUCGAAGACACGGAACAGCAAUUCCUGGUACGUUCGACUCCUUUGAAGACGUUUUGGAUAUGUUUGAAAAUAUAACUGCCGAACCUGGUACAAUUCUGGACGAAAAAGAAAAAGUUAAACAAUCCAAUGAGACUUUCGACUCUGCAAAGAAAGCCGAGCCGGAAAAGAAACACACCGCAAACAAUGCCACGAUAUCGAAACCGGCAAUGACUCAAAUGCCAGUGACAGUAACCACAACAUCCACCAAGUCUUCGGUUGUUCCACAAUUAUCACCUCUUUCGCAACCGACCGAAUUGACUACAAACAUGGCAACUGCAUCCCAACAACUAAGAAACUUGCUGUCCCUGCAGACGACAACGAGUUCUUCGCCCACCAACGUGGAAACGUUGGUAAAAACACAGCAAAAGAACGUGGUGACUACUGCAAGCACCCUAGGAGUUCUACCACAACAACCUGCUGUAACCGUAACUAGUGUAGGCACUGUUGUAUCAAGUAUAAAGCAGUUGCCUGUAAGUACAAAAACCAACACGGUAAAAACACAAUUUACUACAAACGUAGUCUCUUCCUCUACUACGCCAACAUUUACCACACACCGUAACGUAGGGGGCAUACAAUUGAUGCCUGAUCACUCGAAACUUCCACCUGUAACUCAACAACAACCGAGCACUUCUGUUGUCACAACACCGCAUUCGAAUACAGUAGUGGUUCAUAGAGCUCCUCUUGUAAACACCACACCAACGACCACUCCGAACGGCGAACAAAGGAAACCUUCGUUGACUUUGACAGCCAUGCUACAGAAUCAGCCGGCCGCUACUCCAACUACAAAAACCACACCGGAUUCUAUCACGGCAGCCAGUCUUUUGGCCACUCCAGUAUCCAUUUCCAGGGGAUUUAAUACAGCAUUAGUUCAGGCUCAACCAAAUGUGUCGGUUUCCUCCAUUGUAGCAACAACCAACAACGUUACUUCGGAGUCCGUUACUGCUUUUAGAUCGGUUACAACCACCACUAACCUCUUACACACUCAACUUACUAAGGUGCGAAACAAGUCGGUCGAAGAACCGAAAGAGAUAAAAGUUGAAGCAAAACCAGAGGAGGCACCGAAAACUGAGGAAAAAAAUAAUUUUAUACAAAACAUCAAAACUGAACCCCCAACCAGCAAAUAUUUGUUCAACAAAACCGAAGAAUCGCAAAAUGUUUUACUAAAAAAAUUGUUGCAAAACACCGCUUGCGCGAGCACUCAGUCGCCAGCCCCGUCGACCACUACAGCUUCUUCGAGUUCAUUGGCUUCCACCAAUCCGAGUGUUUCUGCCGAGGACACCAACCUCACCAAAACUAUUACACCGACGCUGUCAUCUUUGUUGCCGCCUGCCGCAAUUAAAACUGAGCCGCCAUCUACGCCGGUCCCUACGGUGCAGUCGCCGGCACCCAAACCUCCACCUCAAAGAAUGCCGAUUCGAGAAACCUCCUUCGUGUCUAAUCCUGUUAUACAACAACUCCAGGUGUCAACGGCUCCACCUACCAUACCACAACAAUUGAUUCGGACCUCAAGCAGAGACGAUUUAUUGUCGCCUAGGUCAACUUGCAGCCAAGAUUCCAGUCUGCAAACUCCACCGCUGAUCGCUAAAAAAGAACAACUACCGUAUUUUUCGCAACAAACACUUAUGUUAAAUCAGCAGGAAGUCAAAAAAGAAUUAAUGGACGAAUCGUCGCAGCAUUCUGAAGUGUCUGAUCACAGCCGUCCCGACGUUCACAUGAAAGAGGAAAUAGAAGUGAUGGAUCACGAAAAAAUGAUGGCCGAGAAAGAGGAAUUAAAGAAACAAAAACGCAGAAUGUACCAACAGAAAAGACGACAGAACCAAAUUCUAAAAGACGCUGUAAAUGGACAGCCGAAGAAAAGACCAAGAAAGAAUUCCAAAUUUGACGAAGACUACGAUUCCUUCAUUGACGGCGUGCUGGGACAACUAAGAACUUUACCCGCAAUGAACGUGUCAGAACCGCUAUUGAAUCGCAACUAUGGCGUGGUUUCGAUAUUUGGUACUGGCGAUAUGUCCAAAUUAGGGACAAAAGAAUACGAUUCAAGAUACGGGGACCUUUUGGGAACCUAUGGCAAUGCCGUUGUUCCAAACUUUACCGAUUUUUACAAUACCAAACCCCAUGGCGAUGAAGAUCCAUUGCCGGAAAAACCACCAGCGUCGACUCAAAGAGGAUUUUACGAUCAAGAGUUCCCUCUCAUUAGAUUCGAUUGUGAGGAGGAUAGAAGGUUUGAUGCGUUCUGUAGAGAAGAUACACCAGACUCCAUUAUAAGCAGUUCAUCGCCAGAAUGUACAUCAUACGACCCUCCGAGCAAAUUUAUGGGACUAAAACUGAUCAGUGACGACGAAAGUGAAGAUGACGAUGUGCAAAAAGACAGAAUGUCGCCUGUUGUGCCCAUUAUUGCCCCCAUUCCCAUCAGGCUGAAGCCUACAGGAGGUUAUCUGCAAGACUUUAACGAGAAUAAGGAAAAUAUCUGCAAGGACCUACACUCAUCGAAAUCCAAAUUUGUGGCCGCUAAUCAAACCGCUAAGGAUAACGCAAACGUUACUGUCACGUUGACUCUAACAUCGUCUGCUGCCGAAGAUAUAAUGGGAGUACUUCGAGAUUUGGCCAACAUUCUUCACAUCCCAGCACCAACAAGCUAUCAAAUAGUAGAGCGUACCAACUCGCCGCCCAGCCAAAAACUUGGCCUCUACAGAACCAAAGGCAAGGACGGUAAAGAAGGAGCUCCCAUCGACAUUCAAAGUAUCCUUAACGGCCAAGCAAAAUUCUGCAAGCACUGCGACGUGGUUAUACUAAACAACAUGAUAAAGCGCAAAGUCUCCGAUCUUCCGUUUUUGGCGAAAGAUUCGGAAUUGCUGAGUGAGGGCGAGGAAUUGUAUUUUUGCAGUAUUGCGUGUUACACACAGUUUGCAUUAAUGCACCGAUCUCCCUCGAUCUCAGAAGAUAAAGCAGCUGCGGCAAUUAUCGAUCAUUUGUCCCAGGACAAAUUAAAUCUGUUAAAAAAGAACUUGGACACGCUUGAGCAGAAAGUAGUUGCCGGUAAAAUGGAAAUUGAUAAUAAUAAUCAUAAAAAAGACGAACCGAUGGAAUGCUCCGAUUUUAAUAACUUAUUCGUCAAACCAGGAGAUCAUCUAAAAAUUAGAAACGAAGCUUCCUCAAGUCCUACAGUUAAAAAACACAAAAACGUAAGGUAUAAGGUAUGGGCGCCUGGUUGUUUGCAACCCGCUCAGAGACACAAAAAACCAACCGACAAAGAAAUAAUGGAGUUGUUGUACAGACUUGGCAUUACCGUUACGCCACCAAAAAUGCCUGACGACAUUCGUAAGUGCAUUUUCUGUCAGGGUAUAGGCGACAGUGUUGCCGAUGGACCUGGUAGAUUAUUAAACUUUGAUGUCGAUAAGUGGGUGCACCUCAACUGCGGACUUUGGUCUGACGGUGUCUACGAAACCGUGAACGGUGCCUUGAUGAAUUUGGAAAACGCACUACAUCACAGUAUGACCACCAGUUGCGUACAUUGCAGCAAAAUGGGCGCCACGAUUCGUUGUUUUAAGAAUAGAUGCUCCAGCGUUUACCAUCUGAGCUGCGCUGUAAAAGACAACUGCGUUUUCUAUAAAAACAAGACCGUUUAUUGCACUGUUCACGUACCCAAAAAUGAGAAAGAUAACGAAUUGACCACCCUAUCGGUAUCGAGGAGGGUUUACAUAAAUAGAGAUGAGAAUAAACAAGUUGCAGCCGUUAUGCACCAUUCGGAAACCAACAACUUAUUGCGCGUCGGCAGUUUGAUCUUUCUUAGCAUCGGUCAGAUUUUGCCGCACCAAUUACAAAACUUCCAUUCUCCAAACUACAUAUACCCGAUUGGUUAUAAAAUUAUCAGGUUUUUCUGGAGCAUGCGACAACUGAACAAGCGUUGCAGAUACAUCUGUUCCAUACACGACGUUAACGGCAAACCCGAAUUUAGGGUUUUAAUCCAGGAACAAAACGAAGACGAUCUCGAACUGAAAGAGCCAUCUCCAAAAGGUGUCUGGAUUAAAAUCCUCGAUCAAAUCGCUCGAAUGCGUAAAGACAACCAAUGCUUGCAAAUGUUCCCCAAGUUUGCAACGGGCGAGGACUUGUUCGGUUUGUCGGAACCGGCUGUUGUUAGAGUUCUUGAAAGUUUGCCGGGCAUUGAAACUCUAAAUGAUUAUAAAUUUAAGUACGGCAGAAAUCCUUUGUUGGAGCUUCCUUUAGCAAUAAAUCCAUCCGGCGCGGCCAGAACGGAGCCGAAAUUAAAGAACCAGCAGCACUGGAAGAGGCCGCACACCCAGAGGACUUGCGGUGCCACCACCAGGCCCAUGUUUGGCCCCACUCCGCCCCCGGGGCCUUCGUUGGCUUCUUUUGGGGAGGCGGCGUGCCCUUACAGCAAACAAUUCGUGCACUCCAAGAGCAGUCAGUAUAAGAAGAUGAAACAGGAAUGGAGAAACAACGUGUACCUGGCAAGAUCUAAAAUCCAAGGUUUGGGUCUCUAUGCAGCCAGAGAUCUAGAAAAACACACUAUGGUUAUUGAAUAUAUUGGGGAAAUUAUACGAAGUGAGCUGGCUGAGAGUAGAGAAAAACAAUAUGAAGCAAAGAAUCGGGGCAUUUACAUGUUUAGACUUGACGAGGAGAGAGUGGUUGACGCCACGUUAAGUGGUGGUUUGGCUAGAUAUAUUAAUCAUUCUUGCAAUCCAAAUUGCGUUGCUGAACAAGUUGAAGUGGACAGAGACGUGAGAAUUAUUAUUUUUGCUAAACGAAGAAUUCAAAGAGGAGAAGAGUUGGCAUAUGAUUACAAAUUUGAGUUUGAAGACGAUCAACACAAAAUAUCAUGUAUGUGUGGAGCACCAAACUGCCGCAAAUGGAUGAAUUAGAACUAUUUAGCUGUUUUAUUUAUUUUUAUUUAGUAGGAUCUUGAUGUUAUACAAACUUAUAUAUAUAUACAGUUUACUUAUAAAUAAUAAUUUAUUUCUUGUAUCAGUUUGAUUUUAAAUUAGCGACUAGAACUGAAACAGACUGUUUGCAGUGCCAUUUUAUAUGCGUGAAAGUUUUACACAAAUAAUAUUAUUAAUAAAAAACACAUUCCAUAAAAGAAUAGUUAAUACAAGUUGCGCAUUUAUAUAUUUUGUUAUAUAUGGAGAAGAUAACAUAGAUUGUUAAUAUUGUCCUGUUGGGCAUGUGGCUUAGGUUAGGGACCAAAAUAUCGUUGUUUCCCCGACCGACUUGUACAUAAUUCCCCCUUUAUUAUUUAUUUUUCACAGACGUAAACUCAUUUUAUUGCCAGUAUAUUCGAACUGACUAUGAACAAGAUGAUUUAGGCAUAUAAAACUUAUCAUGGAGUUUAUGCAGAUAUUGUAUCCUGACAUAUUAUGAAAUGUUGAGAUUAAAUAUGGCUAAACCUAGAUAUUUUCAUUCAUAAUAUCACAUCAUUUAUUUUUAGGUAUUAGAUAUUUAUGAUUGUGUAUUAAUUAAUAUUGAACAUAAUAGAUAGAUAUAAAUGUUUAAUAAGGCAAAUAUCUUUUUGACAAUAACAUAUUCCUAGAAACUUUCUUGUCACCACAAAGCCUUUUGUACCGCCUUAUGCAAUAUUCACUACCAUACACUGACACCAUAUUAUUAAGGUUGCUGUGCAAUAUUUCAAUAUUUUAGGCAAAUUGUAUACCCUAUACAAAAUUUAUAGAUAUAAUUUUGUAAUGUAUUUUCGUGUGUACAUUUUUACUUGUAAUUAUUUUUAUCCGGACAUGGUCCAAACUUGUUGUUUAUUUUAUUUUUUUUGUAUAUUUUGUUUUAUUAUUACUAUAAGGCUUUCUUGCUGUAACUUGUGAAUAGUUUUUAUUUUGCGAAGUAUUCUGGGACAAUAAAAAUUGGAUGUUGCAUUCAUUUGGUCUUUUUUAAAAUAGCAAAUAAAUACAAUUUUCGGAUUUUUUGUUGUUCACUGGUUAAUUUCGCAUUUUAGGUUAGGUUAGAAGAGUGACAAUCACUUACUGUAGAUUAAUUUGUAUUAAAGCACUACCUGAUUAUUGUUAAAUUACUUUAUGUACAAAUAUAGAUUAUGGUAUAUGCAAUAUUGUA